GUGACGCACGCGCGAGUUUCUCUUCUUCUUCUUCUCUCACCGCAUCAUCGGUUUCUCUCUCCGAUCGUACGGCCUCGGAGAUCUUCGAUAGCCGAUCGUCGAUAGACCCGUUCAUUCCGACGAAGAUGUCGCUCACGUGCUCCUCAAAGAACGAUCCUCCUGUCGCCCUCGCCGGAGGUGAAGAUUCCGGCGUCGGGGAGUUCAUGCUGUUCGGCGUUAGAGUGGUGGUGGAUUCCAUGAGGAAGAGUGUGAGUCUGAACAAUCUCUCGCAGUACGAACAGCCUCAGGAGAGCGCCAUUAACAACAGCCCUAACACUAACAACAACAAUACCGGCAACGGCAAAGACGACGUCGCUCCGGGAUAUACCUCCGAGAACGACGUCGUUCACAACUCCGGCGGGAACCGCGAGCGCGAGCGCAGACGAGGAAUUCCAUGGACGGAAGAAGAACACAAGCUGUUUCUGCUGGGACUCCAGAAGGUUGGGAAAGGCGAUUGGAGAGGAAUCUCUAGAAACUUCGUCAAGACUCGGACGCCGACGCAGGUCGCUAGCCACGCGCAGAAGUACUUUCUUCGCCGGAACAAUCACAAUCGCCGUCGCCGCAGAUCUAGCCUCUUUGAUAUCACCACUGAUACGGUUGCGGCAAUUCCAAUGGAAGAAGACCAAGCGGUGCAUCAUCAGGAGAAUGUCUCUCAGUCACAUCCGCUGCCGCUGUCACCCGAACCUUGCAAUCCCGGUGGCUUCUCUCUAGUGCCAACUUGUCCAGUGAGUACUGUCGGCUCUUCAGUAUUACCAACCCCAGUUGAGAAUCCAAUGGAAAAGUUGACAUUAGGACAGACAAAUCCAGAGACUACUUCAUCGCCUAAGCUCGUCCGUCCAAUUGCUCUGCUCUCAAUACCACAUGGUACUGCUACAGCGGAUCUUAGCCUGAAUUUGAAGUCAGCAAUCGAUCCAUCCGCUCUAUCCCUCAAGCUAUCAUUGCCGUCCGAUCCAAGGGAAUCAUCGUCGGCAAGGCACUCGGCUUUCCAGUCAAUGUCAAGCUUCAACAAUGGGGAUAGCAUCAUCACUGUUGCUUAAUAGUAAGUUAACGAGAAAGCGGGCUCGUAAUCUGGAGUUAAAAAUAUGUUUAUGCCAAAAAUGACAAUGGAUUAGAAGAAGAUGAAGAAAGACAAAGAUAAAAUUAAUUAGGGUGACUUUGAAUUCGAUCCCUGUCGUUCGUUGUACAGACUCUUAAGAUAAUGUUUAUGUCCCGUUCUUGUUGUUUUGUGGUAUUUGAUGUUAGAUUCUCUACUGUUCCUUUUGCUGUUUAUGUCAGUAGCUGAUAUAACUGAAAAUAACAGGUGACCCUGUUCAUUAAUGGUGUGGUGGGUUCGCUCUGAAACUUACUAGUGGCUUCAAUAGCUUUAUGAGCAAAAAAAUAUCAAGUUUGGGAUUUUGGUGGAGAUUCCAUUA